GACGCGCUCUUUAUCAAACUCUUGGCAUCUCACGACUCACGAGAGAGAGAGAGAUAAGAGUGUUUGGAGCCGGACGGAGAGGGAGAGCGCGAGCCGCAUCGCCUCAGUGAGGAGCCGGCCGGAGGAGGAGAUGGGCAACGUCGGGAGCGCGCCGGAGGAGGAGGGGUCGAAGAAGGCGGAAGCGGAGGGGCCGCCGUCGACGGUGCGGUUCUUCCCCGCCGCCGCGCAGCACAAGGCGAGGCAGGCGCCGCCGAUCAAGCUGGAGGAGGAGGAGGGCGUGGCCCCGCCGUCCGCCGGCGCCGACGCCGACGCCGAGGAGACCAUGGCGCCCCGCAACCUCUGGCAGGUGUAUGCGCUCGGAGCAUUCAUCAUCCUGCGAUGGGGCUGGGCUAAGUGGAAGGAGAGCAAGGACAGGGAUGAUGACUCCCCGGAUGAUCAGUCACCUGGCAUGUCAUCCUAAGGUUUUGCAUUCCAGUCCGAAGGAUCAGUAGCAAACAAAGAUGGGUGUCGUUCUGCGGUCACGAUGAACUUCUGUUUGUAGAUUAGUGGCGACGAUGAGUUGACGAUGUUGCACCAUCACUUUAUCCAUGUGAUGGGCGAUUUUCUUCCCAUCAUUGUUGCUGUGUAACUGGAUAAUGUGUAUUUUGCUCAUGAUUUUGCGACAAAGCAGAUUUGACUUGCUUCC